AUGGGUUGGGCUUCAAAACUUGAAAUGGAAGUUGGAACAGAGGAGAGAGAACCGAAAGACAACAAUAGGCGAACGCGUAGUCAAGGACACGUUGCCGAGUCAAAACAACUACUUUGGAUUGGACCUUGGUUUUUGCCGAUAUUGAAAUGCAAGUGCCACAAGAAUAACAGGUCAUCCAGUCCCAGGCACAAAACUCACGAGUCAAAAUACAAGUCAAAUAACGAGUCAAGCUAUCCAAUUUCUGGCAUAGAAAAAGUCCAGCAGAGACCAGAUUAG